AAAUGGACAGUUCAAAGUUCACAGACUUUUCUCAAGAAUUGAAAAUGACCGUAGAUGUUGCCCAGUUGCAGUCAUCAUUUCAAGCCUCAUUAUUGGAGCUAGGGUACACUGGAAAUGUGGGCCAAUUGCCAUCAAAUUUAGGGCAAAAUGAGAAGUUAUUUGGCUUUGUCAAAGCUGUCACGGAAAGGUUGAACAGAAAACACCAUCUCACUUCAACAGAGACUGCGGAGUAUGAAAAGCUCAAAGAGUCCGGAGCCACCUUGAAGGGAGAAGCGCUGCAGGAAGCUGUGUCUCGGUUGAGUGGAUCAGGGGGUCAAAGGUCAUCAGAGGCGGUUUCCAAGGAGGUAGAGGAGCUCAAGUUACAAGUAGCUAGUGCCAAGAGUCAUCUGUCCACUCUCACCGCCGUUAAGGGGAAACUGAGUGAGCACUAUGCUUCUCUGGCCCACGAGCGAGAUGAUCUAGAGGCACAAAAGACCACUUGUCAGCGGCAACUGCAAGCAUCCAUGGAGAAAGCAGACCAAGACAAUGCUGAGCUUAACAACGCUGCCCAAGAAUUGGACUCAUCAGUCCAGUCAGUGUGUCAGUUCCACGGUGAAGACUCUAAACCACCCCCUGGCAGAUUCCUGAGCCAGGUAUCUCAAGAUGACUACUUUGCCUCGGAGAGAAAGUACCUCACAGAACUCACUGCAUACUCUAAGAAACAAUUCUUUGAGGGCAUAGUGAACAUGGUGUCUGGUGACUCUGAGGGUGGUGACCUGGACCUGGGGGACAGGGAGGGACUGUUGUUAAGGGGAUUCUCUCAGGAACAGUACCACGCCCACUGUCAGGAAUUGGCCCGAUUACAAGCUGUAUACCCAGUCACUGAGAUGAAGUACUUGAAUGCCAAGAUGGCUGAGCAGUACUCUGUAUCAGCAGCUGCAAUAGCAACGGAGAAUUUGUCAACCCUGAGGCAACCUGGCAGUCAGUUGGAACCAGCUGCACUAAGGGAACAAAUAUCUGUGAAGCAGACUCAACGCUCAGGACUCGAGUGUCAGAUUCAAGAGAUGUGCUUGACUGUGUUGCCCGCCCUCCUCAAGGACAUGGCCACCCUGAAAGUGACAACUGUCCUCCACGGAGACCACGACCUCAAACUGGCCAGACAGGAAUACUUCAACUCCAAACAGACAAAAGUUAUAGAGAGCCUCCAGUCUCAAAGAGCCCGUCAUGAGCUGCUGUCCAUGUUGUACGAGGUGGAGCUACGGAGACACAGGGAGACUCACCGCCUCCUCUCUGCCACUAAGAAACAGCUGGACAAAUGGAAGUCCAGCCGAGACCAAAGAUUGCUACGUAUAAAAAGUGCCACAUUAGUGGACUCUAGUGCUCCUAGACAGACUGUUGAUUCUGGUGAUACUUUCACCCAAACCGCCUGCGCUCUUCUUGGUCUAAGCUCUACUCCAGAGGCUCCAUUCAUCACCAUUGACUCACUUAAGGCUGCAUUCAAGCAGCUGGCCCAAAGACUAACCACAGCUGAGGAUGUACUACAAGCUAUGUUUAUGGAACAAGAGGAUUUGAUGGAAGAACAGCAUCAGCAUCAUGACAGCUUGGUUUACAGUGUAUUCCACAACUCAGAGAAGCCUGUGCUGACCAUUGAAGAAUACCAAGCUGAGUACAUUCGCCUAAAGUCUGUGGUGACCACAAUGGAAAAGAACAUCAAAGCUCUAUUGAAGCAGUUCGACAGUCACCGAAAGACUAUCAGUUCAGAUUCUUCCCUUACCACUGAGAGAAAACUAUUUGUUCAUUUCUUCAUAGACUCUAAUAAACUACACGAUGUCAUAGGAGAGAUUACCAAAAGAAUCGACACCAUUACAGCCACCAUAGAACAAUAAUAUUUUUUACAUAUUUUAUUAAUUGAUUUGUGAUGUACAAUCGCGACUGACCGUCUUGAUUUGAUUCAUUACAUUUUUUCAUCGAAAUAUUGAAAAUUAAUUAAUU